AUGUCAGCGCCCAGCCGCGCCCCACCACCAUCUACCUCCUUCUCCUCAUUCCGUAGCGUUUCAGCUUGCAACCGAUGUCGUCUUCGCAAAAAUCGCUGCGAUCAGAAUCUUCCUCGUUGUCAAUCAUGCAAAAAGGCUCGGGUACACUGUGUUGGAUAUGAUCCUACUACAAAGCGGGAGAUACCCCGUAGCUACGUGUUUUUCUUAGAGUCCCGCCUGGCAUACUUGGAAAAAUUGCUUGUAGAUAAUAGCAUAGAGUUCAGGCCACCACAACCGUAUGAAGGAGAGUCUGAAUUAGAGAAGGUAGCGAAAGACAGAUCUGUCUCCUUUUCACAUAAAUCAGCUCCCGAACCAGAUGCAACUGGAGUGCAGCCCCCGGUUGAUAAAAAUACGACAAGCCAGGAAAAAGUGACUGUGGCCAGAUGGGAUACAAGUUCGAAAGUCAAGCGUGAAAGAGAAGGGGAGGAUGAACUGGUAUCAGGUUCCGCCUCGAACCCUGGCCGGGAGGAUAAUCCGGAGCAUGAUGCGGAUAACAAGCAUCAAUCUGAUGAAGCAAAACAUCGGAUCGAUAAUCUAGUAUCAAAUAUUGGUAUGGUAUCAGUUCAAGGCGCUUCGGAUCCGAGAUAUCUUGGUUCCACCUCUGGAAUCUCAUUUGCGCGAGUUGUUUUCUCAGCAGUUAGAAACUCCGUUUCGACAAAUUCAACUGAUCGCGGGACUCUAAAAUCCGGAGAACGCCAGACAGGAGGAAGUUUAGGUGCAAACAACGGUUCAAGUUCUAUGCGUGAUUCUAUUUUCGGGUUGCAGGCUAGACCGACAACGAAGAAAGCGCCGUUCCCGGAUCAAGCGGUGGCGGAAAGGCUUGUUAAUUUGUAUUUCGAGCACGCGAACCCGCAAAUUCCAAUAUUACACCGAGGGGAAUUCAUGGAAGUUUUUCAACGAUUAUAUUCAACUGAUCAGGGGAGGCGAUCCUCUCGAGACCUCUACCUUCUUAACGUCGUGUGUGCUAUUGGUGCAGGUAUAAUUUUCAAUACCAAAAGUGACGUCCGAGUACAUGAGGAUGAACCCCAGCAAAGCCACAAGAGAUCACCUACAUCCCCUUCCCAUAAAAGACAGAAGUUAUCUUUUCAAAACUAUCAACCGGAGGAAUACCACGCUUCCGCUGUUGUGGAUUUAGAGACUUUCCUUGGAUCAUCUCAACACUCCGACGGUUUCGGUGGCCUAGAAGAACUCCAGGCAGUGUUACUUUUGGCCAGUUUCGCCCUGUUGCGGCCUGUCGCUCCUGGCCUGUGGUAUAUAAUAGGCGUUGCAGUGCGCCUGGCUGUAGACCUUGGGCUACAUUAUGAGGAUGGAACCGGAAUUGAUUCUAUUAGUGAGCAAGAGGAGACUGCCCGAAAAAUGAAAUCCAACGGUGUCCAGGGCGGUAAAUCCGGACAAGACGGUAAAGUGAGAUUGAAGAUCGGUUCUCGGGAACGUGGGCGGCGGGAAUGGGUUCGGGAUCUCCGCAGGCGAUUAUGGUGGUGCACCUACAGCUUUGACAGGUUGGUCAGCACCUGUGUUGGACGGCCCUUCGGAAUCACUGACCAGGUCAUCACAACCGAAUUCCCUUCGCUGCUGGACGAUAGAUACAUCACCAAGGCCGGGUUUCUCCAGUCUCCGGCAAAUACGACUAGUUACAAACAUGUCUCUCAACACUACUUCAAACUUCGUCUUUUACAGUCGGAAAUUCAACAGGUCCUCCAACACCAGCAAGCAACGAUGGCGAGGAAGAUCGGCAAGAACCGCAAUAAUUCGUUCAUGCAUACAAAGCUCCCGUCGCCUUUCCUCGCUAAUUUUGACUCAUUUCGUUCGUGGAGGCGGGAUGUCCAUCGCCGCUUGUCGGACUGGAAAGAUUCUGCCCCGAUGCCUCAACAGAUUGGGGUUCAGUUUUCUGUUGAGUUUCUAGAGCUCAAUUAUUGGCAGGCGCUCAUUAUGCUAUAUCGUCAGAGCUUGGUCGUGCCGGCUCCGUUUGCUAGUGAACAUAGCCUCUCUGACGACGUGUCGAGUCCGUCGAUGACUAACAUUGAGGAUGCGGAGGAUGAGGACGAUAUUUAUCUUAACGUGGCGGAGGCUGGACAGAAAGUUCUAAGGAUAUAUCGUCACUUACAUAGGACUUUAGAUGAGGUCGACUUCACUAUUCUUGCCGCAACAUCUGUUCUGGGCGAUCUCAUGGAAAAGUGUCCCCCUGCCGAAGCUUGUCGGGAUGCUUUUGAACGUAUGAGCAAGGCGACUGUUCAAAUGUGUCUCUCUACUACUGGAUUUGGUUCUGAUGCGGCUAUUCUUGGAGCAUCUGGGCUGAGAGCUCCAGGAGUGCCUGUUCGAUCCAAUCCUGCUCUGGGAGCGAUGCAACCUUGUGAAGAACAACAAUUUUCGUCGAUAACCACGAGGACACAGCAGCAACGACAAGAACAGAAACCUAAGCAACAACAACAUGCCCGUUUCCGGCCGCAAUACGAUAUGGGACUCCAAGACAUUUUCCCUGAAUUGAUGAAUGAAAGUGGUCAUCAUCCACAGCCACCAUAUCGCGACAAUGGCGACCACAUCCCUCAGCGCUCCGUGCGAGCGAACCAAUACCCAUCCCAUCAACCCCAAGCCCGGCAGUCCUAUCCAGCCACGCAAGUCAAGUAUGAUAAUGCGGGCUCUUCGACACAACAAACAAACUCCCAGCGCCAUCAACCGCAACAACAGCAGCAGCGCCGCCAACACCCCCAGCAGCGUCGCCAGCAGCAAGAAUAUACCUAUCCAACUCAACUGCAACCGCAGCAACAACCCCCCUACGAUCCCCACAAAAGAACCACCACCAGCCCUUUAACGCCCGUGGCCCCGCACCGCGGCGACCGAGAAUACUUCCCCCCCAACCAAUUCCUGGACAUAGUUUCGCCCACGCACACCACCAGCCCCGACAUCGCCAUCGCCCAUAACCAAGAUAGCAAUGCCAGCAACAGCAAUAACAACAGCCAUAAUCUCUACGAUCCCCCAACUGUCAGCAGUGGCUCGGACGGAACCACUGAUAUCAAUAUGGACAUAUUUUCAGUCCCUGGGUUUGGGGACGCCUCAUCAUUAGUAGGUGAUAGCGGACCGAAUGUGGUGGGUACAGGUCUAGAUUUGGGAUUCGGCAUGGCGAUCGAUUUCCAGCACGAUUGGAGCGAGGGGGCUGGGUAUGAUUUGUUUGAUGGGUUCUUUUUUGGGGCUGUCGGGAGUGGUGCUGGCUUUGGGCUUGGAAAUGGGGAUGUUGAGGAUGCUGGCAAUGAUGGAGGUGGGAGUGGGAAUGCGGAUGUCAAUGGGAAUGAGCAAUAA